AUGCGGGAAGGAGAGACGCUGAAGGCCUACUCAGACAGGUACUGGGAAAUAUAUAAUGAGAUAGAAGGAAAUUACGAUGACGUCGCCAUUAGUACGUUAAAAAAGGGCCUGCCGAUAGAGCAUGGCUUAAGAAAGUCCCUCACUGGGAAGCCAGUCACCAGCGUGCGCCAACUUAUGGACAGAAUUGACGACAAGUACAAAAGGGUCGAGGAGGACCAGCAGAUGGGGAAGGGUAAAGCGAAGGUUGUCCCUCAGGAGAGGAGGGACUUCAGAUCGGACCGCUUUAACAGCAGUAACAGGCCGAGAAGAGACUACGCGGAACAGUCCGGAUCUACUGGGGCUCAGGCAGUCCAUGCUGUGUUCCGAAAACCAUUACACAAGAUCCUAGAGAAGGUGAAGUGCGAACCUUUCUUUCAAUGGCCGAACAGGAUGGCAGGUGACCCAUCAAAACGUAAUCAGAAUCUGUAUUGCGCGUACCACCAGGAGCCAGGUCACACCACCAAUGAUUACAGGAAUCUAAAAAACCAUUUGGAUCGGCUUGUCCGAGAAAGGAAGUUGAGGCAUCUGUUGCAUCGCCCUGAAGGAUGGCAAGAACAGUCAAAUAUCGAAACCAGACAAAGCAUAUUGAGGCCACCCAUUGGCACAAUAAAUGUCAUUCUUGCCGCACCUGGAAGGACCGGUUCCAACCCUUUCAGAGUAAUGUCAGUGGGCAGGUUCCCGACUGAGCCGGACGACAGGGAAUCCAAGAGAGCCAAAGUGAGUGUCACGCCCUUAAUCAGGUUCUCGGAGGAGGACAAGCAAGGAACCCUUCAACCCCAUGAUGAUGCCCUAGUCAUCACGCUCAGAAUUGGAGGUUAUGACGUGAAAAGGCCGGAAGACCUGUCGCCAUACGAUUCCCCUCUAGCCAGCUUUGAAGGAAAAACCGUCACCCCGAAAGGCAUGAUUAGGCUGCCUGUGCAAACAGACUCAGACGUGGUAGAGGUGAACUUCAUUGUGGUAGAUGCGUACUCCCCCUACACAGCUAUCGUGGCCCGACCGUGGCUUCAUGCACUAGGGGUUGUGCCAUCAACCUUGCACCAAAAAGUGAAGUAUCCGUCAGGAGGUCAAGUCAAAGAAAUAAUAGGGAACCAAGGAAUUGCUAGGCAAUGCAUGGUGUCGGCAAUCUCAUGA